AUGGCAUGUAUUCUAGGAUCUAAAAGCAGUUCAGCGAGGCUUCACUAUAAAGCUCAAGAAGAAGAAAGCAGCAUUAUGGACAAGGUAAUAUCAUCAGUCAACAAUCCAGGACUGGAAAACUUUGACUACCACUGCAAAGGGAGCCUCCAGAUAUAUGCCAGGAAUGGGAUUGCUGGAUCAUAUGGUAAGUUUAUUUUUAGUUUUUUGAGGAAUCUCCAUACUGUUCUCCAUAGUGGCUGCACCAAUUUACAUUCCCACCAACAGUAUAGGAAGGUUCCUUUUUCUCCACACUUUUUCCAGCAUUUAUUGUUUAUUUUAUCCCAGGAAUAUUAUCCACUGUUUCACACUAUCAUCAUUUUGGGUUUUGCCACACCAGCAACAUUGCCUAAUGAAAGAUCUUCCAAAGUUUUUUUCCAUAGUGACUAUACCAAUUUACCAUCCCACCAACAGAAUACAAUGGUUCCUUUUUCUCCACAUCCAUGCCAGCAUUUGUUAUCUCUUAUCUUUUUGAUGCUGGCCAUUCUAACAGGUGUGAGGUUCUAUCUUGUGGUGGUUUUAAUUUGCAUUUCCCUAAUAACUAGUGAUCUUGAGCAUCUCUUCACAUACCUCUUUGCCUUUCAUAUAUCUUCCUUGGAGAAAUGUCUAUUCAGGUACUUUGCCUAUUUUUAAUUGGGUUAUUUAUUUUUAACUUUUAAACUAGAGAUGUGAGUUAUGCACCACUAUUGUAGAAUCUAAUUAUGA